AUGCCCCAUUUACACACAAAAAUUUCUCUCAAAAAAAUUUUUAGACGCCCAAUAUUUUAUAUAACGGUAAUUGUAGUGCCUAUAUUCCUUAUUUCGACAUUGUCAAUUCUUGGAAUUUUCACACCUGGAUCGAGUGAUGGACCGAGAGGGGAAAAAGUCUCGUUGGGAUUAGGAAGUUUGUUGGCUAUGACUGUGCUGCUUGGAAUUGUUGCUGGGGCAAUGCCCAAAUCAAACUCAAUUCCCCUUUUGGGCGUCUACAUACUUGUCGUCAUCCUUCUCUGUGCUAUAUCGGUAGCCAUUUCAAUGGCAUUUAUGGCUUCUUCAAAGCGUUAUGUAGAAGGGGCGCGUAUCCCCAGUCAAUUAACAUAUAAACUGUCUUUGGUUAGGCCGAGGAUAAAAAGAACCAAAGACUUGAAGAGGAUAAAUAAAGAAGAGGAAGGGGAAGGAUUAUUGUUAAAUAGAGGAAAGUCGUUGAGAGAACAAUUGUUUAUUGGAGGAAUUCGGUUUACCGAGCCUUAUAUGGAAGAAGAGGGAGGGGAGGGAGGGGAUUGUGAAGAAAAUAAAAAUAAUUAUGGAAGUUUUGGGGAAACAAAAGAAAGAUUAAACAACAAAAAUGGGGUAUUAAACAAUAAUAAUCGUCGUCUGUCACCUAAACUUGAGGAUAAUUUUAAUGGUGAUAAUAAAAAGAGAAGGGCUACAACGACAAAUAUUGAGUGA